AUGCCUAGAAAGAAGAAAUCCGUGCUCGAGGAAGAAGAAGAGGAAGAUGUUUUUGGUGAUAAUGAAGAUGUUGAUGUUGAAGAGAGGGAUAAAUUCCUUCGGGAUGUGAAUGAAUUUAUGGAAAAGAGAGGUACACCGAUUCCGUAUGAUAAUCUGCCCCAACUAGGAGGUAGAAGAUUAAACGUUUAUAAAUUAUGGCUUCAGGUUUGGAGUAGAGGAGGGUAUGAGGCUGUUUGUGAGAAUAAGCAAUGGACCGAAGUGAGAGAUGCAUAUCAAGUACCAAAAACUUGUACUAGCGCAAGUUAUAGCUUGAAGAUGUAUUAUCAAAAGUGGUUAUAUUCUUACGAGCAGGUGAUGAAACUCGGAAAGGCUGAUCCUACUCAAAAACAAACACCUCAUGUGCUAGAACAACAGAAAAAAGAAGCGGCUUCAGGGGCUGUGGUGAAAAAGGUUGCUCCGACCGUUAAAAAGAGAGUAUUUACAUCAUCAUCAUCAUCAAGUACUUCUAAAUCAAGAAAGACUGAAAAGGAAUAUCAACCAAAAAAGAAGCCAACUACAAAUCAGAAUGUAUUGAAUUUUCCACAACUUGCUCAAGGUCUUCAAAUUGCAAAUAUCAGAAAACACCAAGCAGAGGUUGACCACAGUGUUUUACCAAUCGAAAGCCUUGCAAACGCAUUUGAACAUCGUAUGAAUGGCUUUUAUACUAGAACUGACAUUGAUAACGACGAGAUUAUGAAAGAAAUAGAGUAUGCUAAAAGAAUAUACUGCUCUUUAAGAUCAGAUGAUCCAUCUCUGGUGGAAUGGGCGCUUUAUCAAAUUCUCAGAUUAUCAGAAAAUGAAUCGUUUCGAUGCGAUCAUGUCAGCGAUCUUCUCGAAUUUUGUGAGAAUUUUCUGCUAGAUUAUGCAUGUGAAAUUGAAAAACAGAAUAUGAGAGAUGAUCAUGAUGUAUUUAAUUUGAAGGACCAAAGAUACAUGGAAUGUCAACACAAGGCAUUCAUUUGCAUUACAAUUCUGAGAAAUGCCUCUUUAAUACCAGAAAAUCGAAGCCCUAUUGGCAAAUCUACAAGUCUAAUGGAGACGCUUACUUUCUAUCUCAGAUAUAACGCAAAAGAUGUGAUCCAUUUGGAUUGGCGAUUAAGAAUUAUGGACAUUAUCAUUAACGUUUCUGAGUUUAUCGAUUUUUCUUUCAACACAAUAUUUGCCCAAAUAGUGAAUAACACUCUAGAUACUAAUGAAGAAGAUGGUUUACUGUUAUCUGCUACCUGCUUGGAAUGUAUGAAUAGUAUCUUGAAGACUAAGACCAACCUACCUGUGAUUGAGACAUUUUUAAUGCGUAACCCAACAACACUUGAGAAAGUUAUUGAAUUUUUGGCUUGUCCUUCCAUUACCAAACCCUCUGAUUCGUAUUUUGAUAAUGACAAUGACAAAGUUGAUGAAGAGGAAGAAGAUAUGAAUGGAGAAAACAAGGAAGAGUUUGUGGUUGAAAACCAAAAGUUAACCAAAGUGAACGUCACUACUAAGCUUUCCUCUCUUGAGCUGCUGUGUAGGAUCAGUGCUCUUAAUUUUCUUUUCCAACUUUGCCAGUCUACUACGAAUUCAUCUCUACUGGAACUACUUGCCAAUAGUGCUAGUUUCAUUGACAGAAUAGUAACAUUGAUAGUGUGGAAAUCUAAUUUAUAUAGCAGAAUACAUCAAUAUCCCUACAUUAUUUUUGAACAAGUCAAGGAGCAUGACCGAGAGAACUCGGAGAGAACAGAUGGUAAUAUCUUUGCAAAAGCUGCUAAUGGUGAAAAAGAUGACAGUGAAGAGUAUGAUGAAAAGAAUGACAUGGAAGAAAUGUAUGACGGAUUUGAUAGCUGUUUUGCAUCAGCACAAGAUGAAGAGAAGACGGAUACUCCAAAAAUCAGUGACUCCCUCAAAUUCCAAAAGAAGUGUGUUGCAAUCUUGCAAGCAUUGGGAAAACACACAGACGUAUUGAAAAAGUCGCCACAAUUCUCAACGUACAACAAAGAAUUUAUGUAUUUGAUGUUAUUGAGUCAUCCAACCAUCUCCAACAGCCUUAGCUCUGUCAUGCAUUAG